GGAAGGGCACCCCAUGCACCCAUGCUGCUCGUGCGCUUGCAGCGUCUAGACCAGCUGCCGCUUGUGUUGCUUUCCUUCGCUCGGGGAUUUCGGGCCCGGCCUCUGCUCGCGUUCUUGGCCGGCGAGAGCAUGGAGGAGAAGCCGGUGGUGCCCGAGGCCAGCGAGCGGGGAGGCUCCCCUCCCCCGGCCAAGAAGCGGCGGCUGCUGCGGGCUGGGCGGGAGAAGCAGCCGGGCCUGCCAGAGGAGGGCGAGAAGCGCUACGUGCCGCCUCCCAAGAAGCGGAAUCCCGGCGUCAGCUUCAGCGAUGCUCACUUCGCAGAGACCACCUACUACUUCGAGAGCGGCCUGCGCAAGGUGCGGCCCUACUUCUUCGACUUCCAGACCUACUGCAAGGGCCGCUGGGUAGGCAAGAGCCUCUUGCACGUCUUCGGCACCGAGUUCCGCGCCCAGCCCCUCGAGUACUACCGAGCCGCCUCCGCGGCAGGCCGCCUGCGCCUCAACGAGCAGCCCGUGCGGGAUCUCGGCGUCGUGCUCAAGAAUAAUGACUUUCUGCGGAAUACAGUGCAUCGCCAUGAACCUCCGGUCACAGCACAGGCUAUUGAGUUUCUAGAAGAAAAUGAUGAGGUGGUGGUUGUAGACAAACCUUCCUCUUUACCAGUCCAUCCAUGUGGCAGAUUUCGGCACAACACUGUCAUCUUCAUAUUAGGUAAAGAUUAUAACCUGAAGGAAUUGCACACUGUUCAUCGGCUUGAUCGCUUGACUUCAGGUGUUCUCAUGUUUGCCAAGUCUGCAGAGGUGUCCAAGAGGAUUGAUCAGCAAGUUCGACAGCGACAGCUGGAGAAGGAGUAUGUAUGCCGGGUGCUUGGAGAGUUUCCAGAAAAUGAAGUGACCUGUGAGGAACCCAUCCUGGUUGUGUCGUACAAAGUGGGAGUGUGUCGAGUGGACCCAAAGGGUAAAUUCUGUAAAACAGUCUUCCAGAGGCUCAGUUACAAUGGCAAGACUAGCGUGGUGAAGUGUUUUCCUUAUACUGGCCGUACCCACCAGAUCCGUGUCCAUCUGCAGUUCUUGGGACACCCUAUUGUCAAUGAUCCCAUCUACAACACUGAGGUCUGGGGUCCUGAAAAGGGCAAAGGCGGCAAUAUUAAUAAAACUGAUGAGGAGCUACUUCGGGCAUUGGUGGAGGGACAUAUUUCGAAACAGAAUCUUGGUCUCUUGGACAUAGCUGAAGAAGACCUGAAUCUUAUUGUGGGAAAUAAAGAGCAGGAUACUUCCAUGAAUGCUGCUAAGUCUGUGCAGGUCACCUCUGUAAGUGUUGAUCCUUGCAAUGCUGAAGAACCAAAAUGUGAAAGAGAGUGUGGAAUGUUAACACCUUCUCAGAAUUCUGUCCCCCAAAUCCAGGUGCCUGAGCCAAAGAGUGGAGAAACGGGUUCAAAUGAGCUUGAAGAUGAAAGGGAUCCUUUAUGCAGAGAAUGCAAGUUAGUGAGGCCAGACCCAUCACCCAAAGACUUGGUGAUGUAUCUCCAUGCCUUGCGCUACAAAGGAGCGGACUUUGAAUAUUGCUCUAAGGUGCCUGCCUGGGCACAGGAUGACUGGGAAGAGACCUGAGACUAUACAAUAUUUUGUAAAGACUUCAGUGUAGAUGGGGUGGGAACAUUUUUCCAAAAUGGUUGUUUUUAUUCUGCAGUGUCACUCGCUAUGUUGAAUAGAAGAGGAAGAGUUCCUUUCGUAUAAGUCUGAAGAAUGAAUGUCUGACAAAGUGGCUUUUGCAGAGGACAUCUUGUCUUUUUUUUAAAUUGGAAGGCAGAAAGCUUACCAGACAAUGUUCUGAAUUCUUAUGAUUCAUAAAUAAUGAAUGUAGUUGGUUUGCUCAACAUCUCUAAUUGACAAUCAGUGUGUUAGUUCUUCUGCUUCCUUUUUUGUCUGUGGCAAAAAGUUAGUCUCUGAAUAUAACAUGUCAACAAAGA